AAAUUUUAAAUAUAAUAAAAAUUAAAAUAUAUUAUCUAGUUCUGGUUAUAUAAAUCUAGACGUACAUAUUUUAUUUCUAUUCAAUAAAAAUAAUUAACUGAGAAAGCAUACUUAUAAGUGAAUUUAAUUUUUUGGAAUAUAAUAAUGGAAUUAUCGAAAGAUACCAUUGAUGGUAUUGCUAAUAUUUUAAAUACAAAUGUUAUUACUGAUGAUAAUUUCUCACAAAUUUUAGAAACAGCUAUUUCAUGUAUAUAUGAAAGUCCUUCAGAAAUAAAAUGCACUGUAAAAGCAUCUGAUUCAAAACCAAUUUUAACAAAAAAAACUUUUACUGAUGUGGUAUGUUUACUUAUAGAAGCUUCUCGGCAUGACUUAGAUGAAGAAAGUUUAAGAAAUUUUUUAAAUCUCAUAUAUAUUGAUGAAAAAAGAAUUAGCAAAUUAUGUGAAGUAUAUAUUAACAAUAAAACAGCAAUACAAUCUCAGUUGGAAUUGAUAGGCAAUAAUCCACCUCAUAUUAUUGAUAUAGACUGGCAUUUAGAUUAUUGUAUCAAGUUGGACACAUGCGAUUCACUUGGUGUUCCUCUUUAUCAUGUGAGACUUAGUACUAAAAAACAUGAAACAAUAAAUUAUGUAACAUUUUCAUGUACAAUACAGCAAUUGCAAGAUUUGGUAUUUAAGCUCAAAGAUGUUAUUAGAUAUUCAGAGAAGCUCACUAAUGUUUAGCUGUAUCUUUAAGUUAUUAGUUUACUUCAUACAAUACAACUCAUUUAUAUUUUUAAAGUUUCUUGGAAUUAUUGUUUUAACUACUUUUUUUUACAAUAUAUGAAUUUCUAUAAAUGAAGCAUAAUCAACAAUUUAUGACAUUUGUAUAUUAAUAUUUACACAAUAAUUAUUAUAGUAAUCAUUUAAUAAUAAACUCAAUUUGUACGUAUAAGUGUAGUGGUAAAAUCUUAUACAAAUAACAGACCAUGUAAAGUAUAAUCAACUAUAUUUUUAUAAUUAAAAGAACAUCCUCUA